ACAAGGCCACACCUCCUAUAGUGCCACUCCCUUGGGGGCAUUUUCUUUUAAACCACCACAUCUACAAUCUUAUAUUCUGUAGUGUUGAGUCUGAUUUAGUUCCAUGGUGCUCCCCUCAUCUUGAGAGGGCUAUAUGUCCCUUGUUGUAAUAUAAGAGAGGAAAGAUGAGAGCAUCCUGAGGUCAAGUUUCUUAAUGUUACAUUAGCAUUACUUUAUGAUCAACAUCAUAAAAGUUGCCAUUCAGCAAAAAUUUAUUGUGCAUUAUAUUAGUCAGGGUUGUCUCAUGUUCUAGACUUACUGACACAUAAAUGUUCUUAAAUUGAAGAGAUGGAGACAUAAAAGAAUUGUUGAUGUCUACUCCAAUAGUGAAGUAAAAACUUGAUUAACUAUGAGAGGAGUACUACCAAAGCAAUAGAGACCUCUUUUCUGCCUGGGGAAGGGUCUCCAUGAGGGGAUGUCUAUCCUGAGUCUUGCAGGUAACAGGAGGUACAGCAUACUUCUUUAGUCACUGAUUACCUUGUGUGUGCCAGAUACUAUAGUAGACCCUGUAGACACAGCAGUAAAGAAGCAGACAGUGGACACAUAGACAAAUAUGUACUAGAUAGCAGUGUAUACUAAGGCCAAAGUAAAAUAGGAGAGAGGGGAAAGCAGAAGAGCCAGGGCUGAAGUUUGCAGAGAGUGAUCAGGAAUAUUCUUUUCUAAUGAGAAUAUCUAAGCAGACUCCUAAACAGUACUGAGACUGAGAAGCAGGAAAACUGUUGGGCAGGAGGAGCAACAUGAACAGGGGCGCACAGGGUGCAAACAUCUUCAGGGAAAAAUAGCAGGUUUCUCCCUGACCACGAGCUAAGAAUGGGGAGAGGAUGUAAUGAAUGGACCGAGUAGUUGUACAGUCCUGUGAACAGCCCUCAUUGUCAGCUGAGAGAAGAGGGGCCGGCUUUGGAGAUAUUCAAAGAGUAAAGUGAUGUCAGUAGGUUUUCUUUGGUUGUUUCAAAUUUGGAUUGAUUUGGGUUUGCUUUUAGAAAGUUAUCUAUAGCAGUAAUGUGAAAGAUAAACCUGAAAGAGAAGCAGAAGAAACCAACUACAAGCCAGUUAUUAUUGUAGUGCCUGAGAAAUCCUGUGAUCUAAAUUAAAUAGGUAAGGAGAAGAAGCAUGGCAGAGACAGCAAGUUCCCAUGUUUCACAAGGCUGCUAUCCAGUGUCUUAUGCCUUGUCAAUAUCACGAAAUUGAAGAACAGCUCUGAAGUUUACAUUUGGGUGUCUGAGUUAUGAUCAUGUCCCUGUGGCCUCUGAAGGAGAAGCCUAAGACUAAUUUAAUUUGGGACAGCAGAAAUACAGAUGUGGAAGUCAGAAAACAAGUCAGGGGGGAAAGUUGGCUGAUACUUCCAUAUACCUUUUUAAAGAAGGAUCAAACUGUGUUUAUCUUGCCAGACAGUGCAGAAAACAUUAGUAGAAUGUGGAUUUUUACAGUGCUAUUGGAUUUGAUACUUGGAAGGCUCUCAGUGACCUCAAGAAGGCCAACUUCAGUAGACAUGGGUAGAGACAGAGCUGUAUGUGGUUGGCUUAAAAAAUUAAAGGCAUGAGGCUGAGAUCUUCCAGCCAAGGAACUUUUUCUUCUUCAGAAGCUGUGGACCUGUUAGAUUUUUCUUCUCCUUUCUUUCCUUGUUUUCCUCACUUGGGGCCUUGAGCCGAAUGCCUGAGUUAGGGGCAUGGUCGAAAGACAAGUUGAGAACUUUGUGUCUCUGGUGGGAGAGAGGCCAGGGACAGAAGAAAUGGUGGUGAUGAGUCAGAUAGUGCAAGCAGCAUUCUCAGCUCAGGUCAGCCCAGAGACCUGUCUCCAGAGGGAAUGCAAGAUGACAGUCUGUUGUCUAUUGAGUGAGGAAGCUGAGUUAGAAUGCACGUUUGCAGGACUGGUGGGAGAAACAUUAAUAUUAUCCAGAAAUUCUGCCAGUCACGGGGUGGAGUGCAGUGGCACAGUGCGAGUGUAGGUCUAGAAUCGGAGGCAGGAAACUGACCCUAGUUAGAAAUUGGAGCAUGUAUGCCUAAGUUUCUUCAGGCACAGGGACUGAGGAUAUUCACAGGAGGAACUUUGGCAUCAAGAUCGUAGAAAUGGAGUAGUUAAUGAAUGAACAGAUACUGUCAGCAAGGCCUGAACUAUAGGUGGCUAGUUAGUAUUUGUGAAGCCACGAUGGUGGUUUGGAGGGCAUGAGAAGAAAGAGACAUCUGAGUUUCCGAGAACUCAAGUCAAGGUUUGGGUCCCAUUCAAGGAUACGUAGGAUCCAAGUAGUGACCGAGGGACCUGACUGAAUGGAGGUGCAAAGCUCCAGAUUUGUACCAAGUUGGGAGUUAAAAGCAACUGUCGGAACAAGAGGCAGGCGCGGUGUUUUCAGCCCGGAGAACUCAGUUACCCGAGUCUCCAAGCCCCAGCUUCCCAACACUUGAUCCUGUCUCUUACCUGUACUGCUGUCUCCGCCCACUGGGGGGCGGGGCUCGAGGGCGAGGCUGGCGGCUGUUCAGAAGCCUCGAGAGCCAUCAGUUCCUACCAGACUCUUGCUGGAGGUGCUGUCCACCCCAUGGCCGAGCGCAGGUCUUCAAACGUCUACCCCCUCCCAGGCAAUAGUGGUGGUGGCCUGGAAGGGCCAGUGCCCAUGCGAGUUGAUACCCCAACCUGGUUGAGCAGCCAAGCAGCCACAGGCAGGUUAAUGGUGCGGCCAGGUAUUGGACCAAGCAUCUGUCCAGGCCCUGAGGUGUGGGGAGUGCCUCUGGGUCCCUCACCUUAUGAAUUCCGAGGCGGGAUAGCACCCUACGGAGUGGGUGAGGCAAGGGCCUGGUCCCAGGGUUCCUCUGAGGAUGCCUGCCCCGGACGCUACAUCGCCCUGAGGUACAUGCCAAAUUUGGCACUGCCAGAGGACGUUUCAGCCAUACAGAAAGAGAUGGAGCAGCUGGCCAAGGAGCUGAGACAGAAGAGGAUGACCCUGGGCUACUCACAGGCCGAUGUGGGGUUUGCUGUAGGAGCUAUGUUUGGGAAGGUUCUCAGCCAGACGACCAUAUGCCGCUUCGAGGCCCAGCAGCUCAGCCUUGCCAACAUGUGGAAGCUGCGACCCCUGCUGAAAAUGUGGCUAGAGGAAGUAGAUGAGAAGAAUCUUCUGGGCAUAUGCAGAAUGGAGAUGAUCCUGCAGCAGGCCCGGAAGCGGAGACGUGCUAGCAGAGAGAGACGCAUUGGAAGCAAUCUGGAGAAACUGUUCUUGCAGUGUCCAGAGCCCACGCCCCAGCAAAUCAGCUAUAUUGCUGGGCGCCUACGGCUGCAGAAGGAUCUGGUCCAAGUGUGGUUUUCUAACCGGAGCCAGAUGGGCAGUUGGCCAAGCAGUGAUACCUCCCGGAGGGAGGAUGUGGGGGCAACGGGGUCUCCUUUCCCAGGGCCACCAGUGUGCUUUACACUGGCACCGGGGCUCCAUUUUGAUUUUCCCCACUGUGGGGGAUCAUGUCUUACACCCCUGUACUCCUCUACCCCAUUUCCUGUGCGAGGAGCCCUGCUGUCGGCCCCAGCCACCACUCUGGGCCUCCCCAGGCUGUCAAGCUGAGGGGCUUACCCUGCAGGGGAAGGUCAGAGGAUAGAGAGAGAAGAGGGGCUUGUUUGGGGGUUUGGCCUUCAGUUCUCUGCCUAAAGGAUUUAGAGGAUGGAUCUAAUACGGGAGGGUGGGAGGGAUGUUAGAGCUUGUCACUAGCUUCAUGUUGUUCUUACCUUUGUUUGUCCCUGGCGUUGGCAUUACAAUAUAUUUGUGGCUUCAACACUUGUUUCUCUUUUUUUAUUAUUAAAGAUGUGCCCAUUGUUACUUAUUGUUUCAGGAAUCACAAAGAGUUUACUUCUUUAAGAACACAGUAUAAGAUUAAAAAUGCAAGUCACAGAAAACUACUACACCAGCUUUUAUUACAAACAAACAGAACUUUGCACAAACCCAAAAUCCAGGAUGACCGUUACUCCCUGGGGAGGCCUAGAAAUGGAAUAGGAAGUAUCACAGAAGCCCUUUCAGUCACAUGAGCUGCCUUGGAGA